AUUUGUUGUUGUCGGCACAGAUUGCAACAUCAUUUAUUUAUUUCGCCGGCUCAGAGUAGUUUUUGCUGCCGCAAGCAAAAGUUGAUAAAGUGCAGCAAUCGCAUAUAUUGCAAAGAAAGGCUGCAACUAAGACAAUGAAAAGCGCAAAUCAUUGUGCGGUUUUAAUUAUAGCAGCCGCUGUCUGCAUAGUUAACAUCGCUGACGCUGCUGAUAAACCCUAUAGACGGAGCUUUGUCAACCCGUAUCCACGCUUCAAGUUCUACGAUGAUGGCGUUGAUCCCGGCAAGCCGCUCUUCCUCACGCCCCUCAUCGCCAACAAAUCGGUGCCCAUGGAGCAGGUGCAAUCGUUGGCUCGUGUCACGGGUUCGCAAUUCCAUGGCGUUGAAAGUUAUGCUGGAUAUUUGACCGUUGAUAAGGCCUACAACUCGAACAUGUUCUUCUGGUAUUUCCCCUCCGAAACCGAUCCCGACUAUGCACCCGUUGUCCUGUGGCUACAAGGUGGACCAGGCGCCUCUUCGCUCUUCGGCCUGCUCACCGAGAAUGGUCCACUGGAGCUAGAUGGCCAGGGCAAACUGCAGAAGCGCAACUACACAUGGAGCAAGACCCACAAUUUGAUCUACAUUGAUAAUCCUGUGGGCACUGGCUUCAGUUUCACCGACAAUGAUAAAGGAUAUGCGACCAAUGAACGCGAUGUCGGACGCAAUCUGCACGAGGCCAUGAUGCAGCUCUACGAGCUGUUUGGCUGGGGCAAUUCCUCGGGCUUUUGGGUCACCGGUGAAUCCUAUGCCGGCAAAUAUGUGCCAGCUUUGGCUCAUCACAUUCACAAGGUGCAGAAUGCUAUAGACACUCGUGUCUAUAUUCCACUCAAGGGCGUGGCCAUUGGCAAUGGGCUGUCGGAUCCACUGCAUCAGCUGAAGUAUGGUGACUAUUUGUAUCAGCUGGGAUUGAUUGACGACAACGGGUUGCUGCAGUUCCAUGAGGCCGAAAAGAAGGGCGCUGAAUGCAUCGAGAAGCGGGACAUGGAUUGCGCUUUUGAUGUCUUCGAUUCGCUCAUCAAUGGCGACAUGACAAAUGGUUCCCUUUUCAGCAAUUUGACUGGUUACAAUUGGUACUACAAUUAUCUGAACACGCAUCCUGACCCGGGUGAUGCCAAGUUGGGAGAAUUCCUUCAAUCGGGCGCCACACGUCGUGCCAUUCAUGUGGGCAAGCAGCCCUUCCAUGACUUGGAUAAGGAGAACAAAGUUGAGGAGCACUUGAAGAAGGAUGUAAUGGACACGGUUGCUCCUUGGAUUGCCGAACUGCUCAAUUUCUAUACCGUGUGCAUCUAUAGCGGACAACUCGAUAUCAUUGUCGCCUAUCCAUUGACUCGCAACUAUCUGAAGCAAUUGAAAUUCCCUGGCUCCGAGCAAUAUAAGGUGGCUCCUCGAGAAAUCUGGCGUGUCGAUGGUGAAGUCGCUGGUUAUGUGAAGCACGCCAGGCAUUUGGUGGAGAUUAUGGUUCGCAAUGCUGGCCACAUGGCGCCACAUGAUCAGCCCAAGUGGCUGUACAACAUGAUCAAUCAUCUGACUCAUUACAAGCAUUAAAUGAGCAUCAGUUCUUUAAUAUUUCAGCUCAAAUAAGCUUUAAAUAUUACCAAGUACUUGAUUUUAAAUGACAUUCUUAAUUUCGAUUAUAUACUUUAAAUAAAUUGGAUGUUAAAGAGUUUUUAAA